AUGUGCUCCUCCGAACCCACCAACAAGCCAAAGCCCUUGCCCAAGAUUCCAGAAUAUGGAGAAUACUCCAUUGAUGUCGAGAACCUCACUUUUGGGUACAGCACUACCAGCUUUUCAGGCCUCUCCAAGAUGGGAGACAGCCUCAUUUUGAACAACCUCAACUUGAAGCUUCCCACGGGUUCUCGUUGUUUGCUCAUUGGAGCCAAUGGAUCUGGAAAAUCCACUUUGUUGCGCAUUUUGUCGGGCAAGCACUUGACAAAGUCAGAAAAUCCUGUCAACGGGAAACCCAGUUCCGCCAAAGUGUUGGGUCUGAAUGCGUUUCAUGACACACGCCUCAACUUUCACCGCACCAGCCUUGAUUGUGAUUGGGGAAUGAGGACGGUUGCCUUUGUGGGGUGCAGUGUUCCCUUGAUGGCAGAUAUUGCCGUCAAGAACAUGAUGGAAAAAUUGCAACAAUCCUACCCGGAACGACGUGAUGAACUCGUUGAACUCUUGGGCAUUGAUCUCAACUGGAGGAUGCACCAGCUCAGUGACGGACAACGUAGGCGUGUCCAAAUCAUGAUGGGACUCUUGCGUCCCUUCAGGAUUUUGUUGCUGGAUGAAGUCACCACAUCUCUGGAUGUUUGCGUCAGGCAGGAUCUCCUCAGAUGGUUG